GCAAUAAGGAGAAGCCGAAGUUACCUGAGGGGAAGGCUAUUCUGUUUGCAGCUCUACAGCGUUGCUUUGAACAGAAAGCAAAUUUUUGAAGCCAAGAGAAAGUGUUUUCUACCAGGUUAGUGAUAUUGAAAAAGUAACAAGAGCAAGAUUACGUUACUAAGUAAAGUCUGGGUGCAAGUAUGCCUUAGAGGUCAAAUUUGAAGUUUGAAUACAGUAGUGAACUUGUUCUAGGCUGUUCAGUAACGGCGGUUGCUUUAGAGACCUUACUCGUUUUAGUAAGCCUAAGGGUCGACUAUUUUUACAAAGUCACUACUUUGAUAGUGGUGACCUCAAGUAGUAUGGGCUUUAUGUGCGAUCAUAGUUGGACUUUUAUUUAAUUUUUCAUUUAUUUAUUUUGCCUCAAUGCUACUAUUAUUUAUUCGCUAUGUACUGACUCGUAUCUUUUUGUGAACUUGCAAUCACAUAUGUGAUUGCACGCAAAAUGACGACUGACUUCGAGCACAAUUAAAUGAAAAGUUUAGAGCAAUUAUCAUAUAGGCACAGGUAAUUUUGGCAGCAAGGAUAGUUAAGGAACUGGUCCAAUUAAGUGGACCAAGACCACCCUGGACUUAAAGAGAUAAGGCUAUACAAGACAACACCCGUUUGAUGUGCCUGAUGGAGAUAAAUUUUUGGCGUGAAAUUCUGAGAUAAGAACGAAACAUCUUGCUUGCAUGAAGCCUCCAAUGUCAGAUAACCUACAAUGAGGCUUUUAAAUCCUAUACGUUUCUCCUGCUAGUCUAGAAGAGGGGGCUAUGUGAAACAAACACCAAAGUGUGAAACAAACGGACGCAACCAGUCCCUCUGUGUAGUGGUACAUCCUGGCUGUGUACUAUUAAUUUGAACAUUCUUUGAUUUCUUGAUAAAUGACUAAAAGAUUCUCAGCUUAGGUUGUUGUCUAAAUUUACCUACUACGACGUCCUCAGUCUUCUAAAUAAACUUAUUAUAACGAAGAAAUUGUUCUUUAAAGGACCCAAGCCAACGCCACCGCCACCCACACCAGCACCGACGCCACCUCCACGAAGUGAGUACAUAAGUGUUGGGUAUUGCAUUUUGGUACAACUUGUUUGUUUUCUUUUUUUAAAACAAAGGAAAAACAAAACUUAACUUCGAUUAAAAUUGACUACAACAUCACGAACAAAAUACAAAUAUACCAGUUGGUUGGACAAGCCAGAAUCACAGAACCGAUUCUUGCUUUGCACCCCCUGACGUGGCGGCCAUGUUGGUGGUCAAAACAAUUAUUUCAAAGAAUUCAUAUGAAAAUGAAUUUAGGUCCAAGAGGAGAGAGAUGCUUUUGUUCUUGGCCACCAAUAUGGCCGCCUUGACGUCUUGUGCAAACCAGCAAUAUAGGAAAAAGAUCCUAAUUCAAAAUCUUUUUAUUUCCUUUAAAGUUUGCAGAGCUCGCAUUGACCUCGGAUUUCUCAUCGAUGGAUCUAGACAAACUGGUACAGCAACGUUCGUGCGUAUCAUUCAAUACGUUAAAGAAACAGUGAGA